UAUGAUGUCGGACUUGACGGUCGUUAAAAAUCAAAAGGCGUAGCUAGUAAACAUCAGAGAAAGCCGAAAACACACAGCGGACAUUAACGCCAGGAAACGCCGACUUAUUGAGUAUUCAUCUCGGUUCUUACACAGUCUACCGGUGACGCCGUUUCCCGGUUACCGUCCGUGGUUGUCAUAGUGACUGUCAGCCUCCAAAUUAAAAAAAAAAGACAACCGGGGCGUUAGCCAGCUAGCUAGCUAGCACAGCCACCUAGCCGUUAGCAGCAUUAGCAUCAGACGACGAAGAUGAUAGCGCUAAUCAACAAACUGCUGGACUGGUUCAAGGCGCUGUUCUGGAAGGAGGAGAUGGAGCUGACCCUGGUGGGGCUGCAGUACUCCGGGAAGACCACCUUCGUCAACGUGAUAGCGUCCGGACAGUUCAGCGAAGACAUGAUUCCAACAGUCGGGUUCAACAUGAGGAAGAUCACUAAAGGCAACGUCACCAUCAAGUUGUGGGACAUCGGCGGUCAGCCUCGGUUCAGGAGCAUGUGGGAGCGUUACUGUCGAGGAGUCAGCGCUAUUGUCUACAUGGUGGACGCAGCCGACCCUGAGAAGAUCGAAGCCUCCAAGAACGAACUCCACAACCUCCUGGACAAACCGCAGCUGCAGGGAAUUCCUGUUUUGGUUCUGGGCAACAAGAGGGACCUACCAGGAGCCCUGGAUGAGAAGGAGCUCAUAGAGAGGAUGAACCUGUCGGCCAUCCAGGACAGAGAGAUCUGCUGCUACUCCAUCUCCUGCAAGGAGAAAGACAACAUCGACAUCACUCUUCAGUGGUUGAUUCAACACUCCCGGACUAAGAGGAGUUCCUGAGAGACAGACACGCCCCCCAAGCAGAACAGGCCACACCCACCUGUACUUAAACACACUCGCUCUUUGAUCAAACCCCUCCCAUCCCGCACCAUCAUCUCCCCCAUCCUUAAAAUAUACCCCCCCCCCCCCCCCCCCCGAGACGCACUGACGGCUGUUCUUUAGUUUUUUUAUUCUCGUGAAGUAUCGAACUAAAGCAGCGCCUCCUGAUGAACGCCACGCUUUAACCACGACAAUGACAUCACUGCGUAAACAUGAAUAUCGCUCUUCUUCUGGGAUCGUCUCCAUGAACAACAUUUUAAACAGACCAGCUGACGCGUCUCGUCUUAAUCCUCUGAUCUUUGAUUUGAGAGGAUGAAUCUCGGCCGCGUUGGCGUGUUACGGAGGGGGCGUGUCUGACUCCGUGCUCGCCGUAGUUUUGAGUGAACCAGCGCUCACAAAGCACACAAACCCAAAGUUACCUGCUGCAUUUCACCCAAAUGACACAACAUGAAUGUUUUGAUAACAUCCUGAGCACCAAGUAUCGGAUCAUUUCUUGUUUUGAAUCAUCAGAAAGUUGCACGCAGACUCCGGCAUUAUGGACGGCGUGCAGGAUUCUCUCGCCUCCUGCACACCUAAAGCUUCGGUACUUUUCGAUGCCAUCGAUUAUUAGAAUAAGAGAUCGCAUCGCUUAAAAAAAACAAGAGGUGACAAAAAGGAACAUCAGCCUCCAUUAGCACCGUGCUAGCUGCUUCCUGCUUCAUGUGCAAGAGGUGAGCUGUGAUUGGUUAGAUUCCUGUGUGCUGCAGACGCAAAGUUUUGCUUUUGAAUGCAGAUUUUGUUAUAAAAUGAAAACGGAGAAUUGAGACUCGGUAAAUAAGACCAGCAGUCGUGUGAGCGUUUGAUACUGAACGGAGCCGCGGCGUCAGUGCGUCUUACGGAUCCACAGAGCGACCUCUGAAGCUAACGGUUCAUCAAACUGUCGGCCAUCUUGACUUUUAAGCCUCACCAGAACCUGUAGAAAACAGGAAGUUAGCCUGUUAGCUUGAGCCUGUUCUGUGGAUCUCUUCCUUUAAUAUAUUUCCCAUGAUCCUCCUCUCCUCUCAUUUUACGCCUGUAACCACAUAUUUGCCUUCAUAGCUUCCUGUCCCUCCUUCUCGUCCUCUGUUGGAUUCUGUUUUUCCCGCUCUACCUCCACAUUUCCAUCCGACCCAUCCCUCGAUUAUUUCACAUUUCUAUAAUCCUGAGAAGCUCCUCCCCCUCCCUCGUCUCUUGUGAAAUGCUUGUCCCCCUCCGUGUUCCCUCUUUCCUCACUCCCUCCCUUCCUUCCUUCCUUCCCUCCUUCCCUCCUUCCUUUUCUUAUUUUUGGAUGUAACCUUCUUCCCUCUCCGCCAAGCCCCGCCCCUCGUCGUCUCUCUCUCUCUCCCGCCGAGCGAGGCGUUAAAAACCUUUUUAUUGCACUGUUGAUUUUGGUUUUGUAAGAUAUUACUGAUGAGAAUAAUGUUAAUAAUCUUCUUAUUGUAAGCUGGUGUGUCCAGAUUUAAGGAAGUGGUACUCUAACUGGAGAAGUGUUUUUGUUUCUGUUCAUAUCUCUGUAAUAAGCUUUUUAUUUCUUAAAUGUUUUAUAUUGUUAUUUUUUAUUGUUGUUUUUUUGACUUCAUAAGUCUUCUCUGGAGGCGAGUCGGCGGCGUCCGCUCUGAGACGUCUGCUGAUUGGACCAGGGGGUGAUCAGACGAAAUGACUCAAACCAAAUGUUUAUGAUUUCAGAGUUUGCAUCCUCUUACUUUGCAGCGAAACACGUUUUGACUUUCAUCUCAGUUUCCUUUGAUUGAAAGAGAAAACCCCGACAUGUCUUAGAAUAAUCUCAGUGAUCUGUCUUUGGGACGUCCCUCCUCACGAUAUCUGAGCGUAGAAAUCGUCCACAUCAUGUUUUUAACUACUACUAAAUGGUAAAUUAAAUAUGGAUGUCUAUUGCUGCCAAUGUUGAAAUAAAAUGAUUCAAACA